ACCUAUCCUCCCUCAUUGCAGCGAUGAACAGAACAGAUAAGAGAUGCGAGCGAGGGUGACUGUAGCAAAUACCGAUGGAUAGAACUGAGAAUACACAGAACAUGUUAAUUUAUAAUUCCUCAUGUUUUGUAGUUUAACGUACAUAGGAAUUAAAAUAAAACCCGUCCGUUCAAAGAGGGGAUUGUACGAAACAGAAGGGUUUGUGUGACGUUAGAUGACUAGCUAACGUUGGGCAACGUUAAUCAAAUCAGUUUUACUGAUUUUCUAACCGACGUCGCUGAUAUUACGAAGUGCGCAUAUCGUCAUCCAACCCGGUCUUCCUCAUUGACGCAGUCCGGAGAGUGUGCUGGUUCGGAGAAUGCUAAAAAAUGAGUCAAAGGGAUACCCUGGUUCAUUUGUUUGCCGGAGGGUGUGGGGGAACAGUGGGUGCUAUUCUGACUUGUCCACUGGAAGUGGUAAAGACCAGACUACAGUCCUCUCAUGUCACCUUCUACAUCUCUGAGGUGCAGCUCAGCACCGUCAACGGGGCCAGUGUGGCCCGCAUGGCCCCCCCGGGACCCCUCCACUGCCUCAAGUUGAUACUGGAGAAGGAGGGACCGCGCUCGCUGUUCAGAGGCCUUGGGCCCAACCUGGUGGGUGUGGCUCCUUCCAGGGCCAUCUACUUUGCAUCCUACUCCACUGCCAAAGAGAAGCUGAACGGCGUGUUUGAGCCCGACUCGACGCAGGUCCAUAUGGUGUCUGCAGGCCUGGCAGGGUUCACUGCUAUCACGGCGACCAAUCCCAUCUGGUUGAUCAAGACCCGGUUGCAGCUGGAUGCCAGGAACCGUGGCGAGAGGCGCAUGAAUGCGUUUGAGUGUGUGCGGCGGGUCUACCAGGCGGAGGGCUGGCGGGGCUUCUAUCGGGGUAUGUCUGCCUCGUAUGCCGGCAUCUCCGAGACUGUCAUCCAUUUUGUCAUCUAUGAGAGCAUCAAGCGCAAGCUGAUGGAGUCCAGGGCCCAGGCCAGCAUGGAUCAGGACGAGGACGAGUCGGUGAGGGAUGCCUCAGACUUUGUGGGCAUGAUGCUGGCCGCCGCCACCUCCAAGACCUGUGCCACCUCUCUCGCCUACCCCCACGAGGUGAUCCGCACCCGGCUACGAGAGGAGGGCAGCAAGUACCGUUCCUUCUUCCAGACAUUACUGACAGUACCUAAGGAGGAGGGCUACCGCGCCCUGUACCGUGGUCUCACCACCCAUCUGGUCCGCCAGAUCCCCAACACCGCCAUCAUGAUGUCCACCUACGAGAUGGUGGUCUACAUGCUACAACGCUAGCCCCUCCCCUUCCUGUCUGGAGUACAAGUAGGAAGUGACUGACUUGGUUGGGCAUAUCUAAGAUGGAGACCAAAGGAAAACUGAUAUGGACCAGAACCAAGAAGAAAGAACAGGAGCCCCCCUACUCCCCAUCCAACAACCUCACACCCGAAUCCUACAGGCUGACCCUCAAGGGGGCUCUAUGGUCUGGGGACAGAGAGAAACAGUUGGGUCAGUCUUUUUAUAGAGCCUGUCAAACAGGAGAUGUCUCUGAAGGAAAGACGGAUAUCAUGUUGUGGCCUUUAAAGAGUUUUAAGUUUGUCGCUGUGUCUUUUGUAGAAUGAAACCAAACUGCUUUAGCCUGUAUCGGAAAUUACAAUCUGAAAGGGAAUGCUUGAAAACAAUCGAUCAAAAACUGGUGUCAUAACACUGAACAUUACAUAAAAUUCUCCAGUAGCUGCAUUUGAUUAAAUUAGCGCUUUUUCACUAGGAUUUAGCAUGUAAGCUAAUAUUUGAAACAAGCUUAGCAUGCUCUGUUUCAGUAACUUAAAACCAAGUUUGGUGGAUGGGUAUCUUUAUUUUCAACUGAUUUUUUUCCCCAGAUCACUUUUUCAAGCAAGAAUUUUGCUAGGACUGUUUGAGUGGGGAGGGGAAAGCUAGCUACUAUUGGAAGAGAGGUUUGGAACUCUUUCUUAUUGGUCUAUUAACUGAUUUCAAAGCUCCAUCCCACCUAAACAGGCCGAAAUUUCAGGUCUCUUCAAACAGCUCUUACACUAAAAGGGCAUUAUCAUCAUUUUUACAACUUCACAAUAUUCCAACCUCCAUUGUGUAUAAAACACAGUAAAAUCAUGUUUUUGACUGCACUGGGCCUUUAAAACCUUGUAACAAUAAAGCAAACGCCAACCUAGUGUCUUAAUAGGGUGUUGGGCCACUACAAGCAACCAAAACCGCUUCAAUGCGCUUUGGCAUAGAUUCUGUCUGGAACUCUAUUGAAGGGAUGCGACACCAUUCUUUCAGGACAAAUUUCAUAAUUUGUUGUUUCGUUGAUAGUGGUGGAAAAUGUGGUCUCGGGCGUCGCUCCAUAAUCUCCAAUAAGUCUUCAAUCAGGUUGAGAUCUGGUGACUAACCCCUCUAUUUUCCUAUGAAACCCCUCUUUUAAAGUCCCUGAGAAAAAACUGGGCAUUUUUAUACAUGACCCUAAGCAUGAUGGGAUGUUAAUUGCUUAAUUAACUCAAGAACCACACCUGUGUGGAUGCACCUGCUUUCAAUAUACUUUGUAUCCAUUUACGCAAGUGUUUUCUUUAUUUUGGCAGUUACCUGUAUAUCAAAAGAAAAUAGCAAGCAAACCAUACAUGCACUACAACGAGUUUGUCUUCAAGCAUUCCCCUGAAGGUUCGAGUUUCCCGUUAUAGUCUGAAGCAAUGCAUAUGGUGCACUGCUGCACAAGACUAGUGAUCGCCGAUCACAACACAUGCCUCACACUUAACCAGUGGUUUAUUUGUUUUGAAAGCUGACUAUCAUUUCAGUGUUUUUGUAUAACGGUAUUGUUUCUCUGAUACUAGUCAUUGUGAAGGACCUAGUUGUCUCGUGAAUGAACUAGACUUCACUGCCCUAGAAGGGUACCAACAUUUAGCAGGUUAGAGAUCUAUCUAUCGGUGUGAUGCCGCUACUUGAUGAUAAUUUAAGUGUUGAAGCCAGGUUGUGUCAAUGUUUAUUUCAUCACUACUCCCAACCUGAGUGUUUGCAAGACUCUGUCUGUGACCAUAAGUGCGUGCAAGAGAAAGUGUGUGUGUGUUGCUGUGCAUUUGACUCCGUUUGUGUAUUUUUGUGUGUUUGUGGGGUGAGAGCGAACAUCCCUGAUAUCUGGUAGAGUUCCCUCCACUAAAAGUGAAUCAUGUAUACUGAACAAAAAUAUAAAUGCAACUGAUUUGACUGAGUUACAGUUCAUAUAAGGAAAUCAGUCAAUUGAAAUAAAUGUAUGAGGCCCUAAUCUAUGGAUUUCACAUGACUGGAAAUACAGAUAUGCAUCGGUUGGUCAGAUACCUUAUUAAAAGAAGUGGUCCUCGCAAUGGGCCUCAGGAUCUUGUCACAUUAUUUCUGUGCAUUCAAAUGUUCAUUGAUCAAAUGCAAUUGUGUUCGUUGACAUCAGCAAACGGCUCACCCACACAACGCCAUACACGUGGUCUGCGGUUGUGAGGCUGAUUGGACGUGCUGCUAAAUUCUCUAAAAUGACGGAGGUGGUUUAUGGUAGAGAAAUUAUCUGGCAACAUGUGGGCAUUCCUGCAGUCAACAUGCCAAUUGCACACUCCCUCAAAAUCUGAGACAUCUGUGGCAUUGUGUUUGACAAAAUGGCACAUGUUAGAGUGGCCUUUUAUUGUCCCCAGCAAAAGAUGCACCUGUGUAAUGAUCAUGCUGUUUAAUCAGCUUCUAGAUAUGCCACAGAUGUCAGGUGGAUAGAUUCUUUGUGCACAACAUUUUAGAGAAAUAAGAUUUUUUGUAUGGAACAUUUCUGGGAUCUUUUAUUUCACCUAAUGAAACAUGGGACCAACACUUUACAUAUUAUAUUUUUGUUCAGUGUAGAUCAUUAAGGUUAGGAGCAAGGCUGAGCUACUGUACAUUUGUGGUCCAUCCCAGCUCCUACACCCGAGCCCUGCCUUACCAAUGGCUUCCAACUCAACAUUUAUGACCUUUUGGGUCUUGUGCUUAACAUUCUUGUGUGUGUGUGGGACAUUUUAAUCUUGUAUUAUAAGAAUAGUGUUACUGUUUAUGCAAAAACUGUAUUUUGCUCAACAGUUCCCAUUGCAGAUAUUGUACAGUUGUACUUAAUCUUGCAAAGGAUUUUCAUUUGUGUGUGUUGAUAUAGUACAUGUUUAUGCAUAUCAACUAUUGUGUAUAUUUAGCUUAGAUCCAUGUAUUAUACUGCAGUUCAGUUGCAAAUGAUUUGUUUUGUUUGUGUACUAUUGUCAAGAUAUUUUAACCUGUUGCAACAUGGUGUGUUGACAUUUUUAUUUUGUUAAAGUUGUAUAUUAUAAUAUUGUAUUUAAUUUGACAUCAUGUAAGGCUUGAUGCUGAAAGAUGGCCUUUAAUUUUAUGGCAUUCAUAAAAUAAUUGGAUUUGGUGUAAAAUACUUAAUUUUUUGUUUUGUUUUUACCCUGUUUGCUAUCCAUAGUAACCUCCAUAUCUAAGUGUGUAGACUGCUACAACAUCCUAUCAGCUCUUAACAUUAUAGUCAUUCAGUAGACGCUCUUAUCCAGAGUGAUUUUACAGGAGCAAUGAGGGUUAAGUGCCUUUGUUCCAAAUUCUCAAUCAGGCAUUUCAAUAAAAACAGAUGGGGUUCAAUCUUACUGAACAUUUCUAUUAUUGUAGUGUCAAUAUGACAAGAUUGUUUUGGCAUUCAAGUUGCCCUGAAGUAGUUUUAAACUGAUUCUGGAUUCCUGAUUUUAAAUACUUUUCGGCAGUGCAGAGGUUACAUGGGAUUAUGAUGCGUAUAAUUUAGAUGGAUGUAAAUAUCCUUCUGUACAUGGAAGCUUUCAAGCACAGUGUCUUUAUCUACAAUAGUUGCUCAUUUUCUCAUGCCAAUUUCAACUUGUUUCCUUUCCACUGAAAUACUGUAUUAAAACCGCAAUGUGAAUGAACAUACUGGAGUCUUUUUCCCACAGACUACAGCGUAGGUGUAAUCGUUACUGUCAGCGCCCUGAUAGUCAUACGGACUUGAAUAACUAGUGUACAAAGGAAUAUCAUUUUCACAAACCAACAACAGUUCCAUGAACAAUCAACUGUGAUGUAUUUUGUUGUAGAGCAUAGGCUUGCAUAUAAAUGACUGUCCUGUUCUGCUUUCAAUUCAAGACUCUGUUGUAUUGGAAAUAAAACACUAUACAGGCCAUCA